AUGGCAGAUACUCCGAGUUCGUCGGACAUAGCUGUGAUGAAUUUUGAGGGGGACGCAGCGUACGCGUACACGCUGAAAUGGAGUCGUGAUGGACCAUUCUCCAAGAACCCUGAUAGAGGACCACAAGGCAAUUUGACUGUCCACGUUCCGGAUGAGACGCUCGCGCAAGCCCGCAACGUCCCGAAAGGAGCUGCGUCUACUUGGACCGUUUGCAGAAUAUGGAUGGCACUCGCUCAUGCAAGUUGGAUGCCCCUGUUCCAGAUAAAACGAGUAUCGGCGUCCGACCUCGAAUCGGGUUGGAUAUCGUCGCAAGCCGCAUCUUCUGAUGCGACGCAAGCGACAAAAUUGAUCCCGCUAUCCGUCGCGCGCCUCGGCAAGUCGCUGACGGUGUGCUCGAUCUAUUCCGUAGCAGGACACGGCCGAAUCAAGGGAAAUAAAAUGUUGAAACAUGCAUGUUAUGUGGACCACCAUGCCGUACGCCUUACGGAAUAUGGUAACUAUGGCGAGACUUUAGCCUGA